GAGCGAUAAUCUGGGUUAUCUGGCCUUAAUCUUCUUAGCCCACUCUCACUUUCUGUUGCUGGGUCGACACUUUCCGUCCAGUCAGGCCCGCUGUGGACUGCGGCAACGUCGUCUCUUCUGUCCAGCAUCAUGGCCGGCUGUCCAGAGAGCGGUUCAGCUGUGGUGCCGCCUGAUGCGUACCCGCGGAAAAUCCUGGAGUAUCUGGAGGGGUUCCUCAUCUCCAAGACGGUGUUCACCUCCUGCGAGCUGGGUGUCUUUGAUGUGUUGAUGCGCUCCGGCUGCCCGCUGUCUGCCGAGGAGAUCAGUCAGAAGGUCGGUGCCAGUCUGGACGGAACAGAGAGGCUGCUGGCCGCCUGCUCCGGCCUGCAGCUGCUCCACACGCACCACCGAAGCGGACAAGUCCUGUACAGCAACACAGAGCAGGCCAGCGUCUACCUGACCCAGUCCAGCCCGACAUCGCUCUACCACUCCAUCCAGUACAGCUCCAGGACCAUCUACCUCUGCUGGCACUACCUGACAGAUGCCGUCAGAGAGGGGAGGAACCAGUAUGAGAAAGCCUUUGGUGUCCGCUCCACAGACCUCUUCCAGGCUCUCUACCGGUCAGAGGAGGAGAUGGUGAAGUUUAUGCAUCUGAUGAACUCCAUCUGGAACAUCUGUGGCCGUGACGUGGUCACCGCCUUUGACCUCUCGCCUUUCAAGGUCAUAUGUGACCUCGGAGGCUGCAGCGGAGCAUUAGCCAAGCAGUGCACGUCUGCCUACCCAGGAUGCACCGUGACGAUCUUUGACCUGCCUAAGGUGGUGCACACGUCCAGGAAGCACUUUGUCACCCAGGACGAGCGGCGGAUUAGCUUUCAUGAAGGGGACUUCUUCAAAGACCCCCUGCUGGAGGCCGACCUCUACAUCCUGGCCAGGAUCCUCCACGACUGGACGGACGAGCGCUGUGUGGAGCUGCUCAGCAAAGUCUACAAAGCCUGUAAACCAGGGGGCGCUGUCCUGCUGGUGGAGGCUCUGCUCCAUGAGGAUGGUUCCGGCCCGCUGACAGCGCAGCUCUACUCCCUCAACAUGCUGGUCCAGACGGAGGGAAGAGAGAGAACAGGGUCCCAGUACGCCGCCCUGCUGACCGCCUCCGGCUUCACCAACAUCCAGCAGCAGCGGACGGGAAAGACGUAUGACGCGGUGCUGGCGCACAAACUGGGAUGAGUCAUGACGAAUGCAGUGUAAACCUUCGCUUCCAUCAGUUCAAGUGCCUUUAUUUUUAAACAUGAUUGAAACAAGGUGAUGCUUGGCUCACUUUCUUAUCAGCGUAGACAUCUUGGGCAGCAGUCUGUCGGCCAUAUUUCUUGUGAUUUAAACUCAAUUUUCACCAAACUAACUCAAGAUAAUUCCCACAAAUAAUAUUUCAAUACUUUUUUUUGAUGCCACUUUGCUUUUAAAAUAAUAACUCUAGAGGGAAGUUGUUUCUUUUUUCCUUUACGUUGAAAUAUUUGAGCUUUUUUAAACUCUAGGAUUAUCGUAUUAUUGACUGUUUUGUGACUAUAAUUUUUGUUGUGGACUGGUAUGUAUCUUUUUGUGUCACAUAUGGGCUAAUUUCAAAUAAAAUAUAUUUGUGUUUCAGCUGUAAGUUGGAAGCAAAAGUU